AUGUUCAAUGGCUCGUUUCCGCGGUCAAGCGUGCUGCUACUGGGCGAGCAGCAGAUAUCGGCGCUGCUGCCCUCGACGCUGAUAUCUCAGGUCGAAUCACUCCUCUCCAGUCACCGAAUUCAAGAUGCAAUCGACCUUGCGGACCAGCGGCGCCGCAAGGUCCAGGAAUCUAUCACCCCCGAUGAGGACGAGAGCGACGAACUGCGCUACGUGUACCAACGAAUUGGGUUCCAAUGCUUCGAGGAGACCAUGUUCGAAGACGCUGGCACCAACUUCAUAAACGGCGACCUCGACCCACGGCUUCUGGUCAGCUAUUAUCCCGACCUUCGGGGGUCUCUAUUCAGCGCGGAGGAUGCGCUGGACGUCUUUGCUGGAGUGGCUGAACGCAUGCCGCCGGAUGCCUCCGUCGACGAUAUCAUUGUGAUGAACCUAGUCAGGAACUACUCGCCCCAUCUCGCGCCGAACACGCGUUCCGCGCCGCCGACCGUCGAGUUGCGCAAGAUCCUCAACCUCGCAGCGCGCGACAUGCUGCUUGCGUUCUUGCGAAAGUGCCGCAUAAAACGGCAGGCGUCGAAGGAUUCGGGACUUCCGACCACACAAGCCGUUAACGUCACCGUGGACACCGUUCUUGCGAAACUAUAUAUUCUGGAAGGGAGGAAAGAGGACCUACACAUGCUUCUGGAGAAUCAGAACUAUGUUGCCCUUGGCGAAAUAGAUGCUCUCCUUCGAGAGGGCAGCUUCUUCCACGCUUUAUGCCUUAUCUACAAAUCACAGAAUGACGACACGCAGUUGUUGGAUACAUGGUCAAAACUUGUGGAAGGGACGUAUCAGGACGAUACUGUCCCAGAUCCCCUCUCCCAGAUGAUUGCACUCCUCAAGCAGAAACGGGAUCGCGGUUUAGUCCAGAAAUGGGGUGUGUGGUUGGCGCAACGGGAUGCCGAACGCGGGCUCGAGCUUUUGAAGACCUUGCAUUCUGGAAAACGGAGAGAUAAACCCGAAGACGACUUAGCCACCCUCAAACAACUUCGGGACGUCAGUACGUCUGCCGCAGCUAGAUACUUAGAGUAUCUUAUUCUAGUUCGCGGCAAUAAUUCUCCUGCGUGCCACGACGAUUUCGCCAUGACGUGUGUAGACCAGCUCAUCUCAUCUGUCUCUGACGAGUCGGUAUCCAAACUCUGGCGCGCGAAAGGUAAUGUUAGAGCCCUUAUGCUAUUCUCUACAUCUAAAGUGUCUUAUACAGCGGCCUCUUACGCCUCCUCCAGCCGCAACGAAUCUUCCUUUCUAUUAUACUUUGCCUCGACCACCCCGGACUCAGAUCAUAAGCGUACGCGGCUAAAGACUAUCGUGUUCUUGCAAUCUUCCGCUUCAUAUGACCCUAAAUUACUUCGCGAGCGCUUACUUUCCCAACCUAAAAUCUUCACCCUCGAGCUAGCGAUUGUAGAAGGAAAGCUUUCAAAUCAUCGUUCUGCGCUCCAGAUUUUAGCCAAUGACAUGCGCGACGAUAUAUCCGCCGAAACGUAUUGCACUCUGGGAGGCCAAGUCAUACCCCCAAGGAUACUACGUUCCAUGGCCGACAAGGUCGAUUCAUCCUUAUCACAGUGGAUUGGCCUACAACUCCCCAAUUCAACGCCGCCAAUAACUAGGCAGAAUUCCACCACCGAUAGUCAGCUCAAGAGCGACCUGCUGAAGCUUCUAUUGAAAGUCUACAUGAUGGAUGAUAGAGCUGGACCCGCGGAUCGCGCCGCUCGUCUUCUGAAUGCUCAGUCCGCUAGUCUAGAUAUUGUCGAUGUCGUUUCUCUCAUACCUCCCAAGUGGCCUCUCACUUCCAUGUCCUCGUUCCUGACGCGGUCACUGCGGAGGACGCUUCAUACCGUCCACGAAGGCCAAAUAGUAAAGAUGAUUAGCUCUGGGCAAAAUCUUGAAGUCAAGGAUCGUACAUGGGCGAUUCUUCGAGAGCAAGGUGCUAUCGUUGAAGAAGCCAUCGAAGACGAGGACGGGAGUGCUACUUCGUAUGACGAGAAGUCGCCUCUUUCGGAGAAGGUUGCGCUGCCAGACGAUGAAUCGGGGCGUGAUGCCCAUGAAAUCCACGUCAAUGGUGUCGACCACACCUCAGCUCCGUCAUGGACAUCUGAUGAUUCAGCCCCAUGA